GCGACGACCUGAUGAAUACUACUUGCUACCCAGCCUUCAAGGGUUGACGUGCUACCGGUCGAAAGUCCUAUGCAUAUCUUGGUUCGACGACAAUCCCACUACCUCGAGCUCCGGCGUUCGAACGAGAUGGCAGGCAUCGUCCUGUACCCAUCAUUAUUAUCCAUAUGAGCACGCGCCCGCCCCAGGACCUAGACUCAGAUGGCCGAUACUCCGAGUCCACGACGACCCUACCCACGAGCGCGACAUGCUUGCCUGAGAUGUCGGAAGCAGAAACUCAAAUGCGACAAUACCCGUCCUUGCGCUCUCUGCGUCCGCGUUGGAGUCGAAUGCAAGGAACGAACAGUCCCUCCUCGGCAUCCACGUCCUGACGUCGAUUCUUAUGCCCUCCCACACAAGCGGCCUCGACAGCCACAGCAUAUAGAACCAUAUCCCAGCAAUGGCCUUCCGAAACCUGCAUCAUCUCACGAGACGGACCGGCCAGAAUUGCGCAGUCGACGCUCGGAAGUAGAGGUCAGGCCGGAGAGGGUAUCGACGUAUGGAGUGUUGGAUCAGCUGUUUCGAGAGCAUAACUCCACUGCAACCUGGAAUCAUACCGCUGACGCCAUACCUGGAGGGAGCCCGGAUAACAGAUUAUCUGACAUCGCUACACAUUGUCUCUCCGUCUCCGAUGUGCUGGGAGAGGAUCUUCCACCUCCUGAUGUCGUCGAGUUUACUCUGCAAACAUACCACAAAGCUGUUCACUGGUUCAUGCUUCUGUUCCAUGAACCAUCUGUUCGAGCGGAACUGCGAAAUGUUCAGAGAUCUGGUCUUAUCCGAAAAGAUCGCACCAUAUUUAUCUAUCUCGUCAUCCUCAUCAUUGGCAUUGGAGCCAAGUAUGCUACCGCUCCGGACGCGCAAAGGGCAUGUCCGGGCUACGACCUGGACUCACUCGGCACAAGAUAUAUUGCGCUCUUAGAAACGAAGAUUUGGGAUGUAUUUGAUGCCGGCGGCAUCGAGUCUGUGCAGAUUGCCGUCAUGCUGAGCGCUUUCCAUCUCUAUCAUGGCCGCCCAAGGCGAAGCACUGCGUUAUCAGGCUGCGCUCUGAGGACCGCACAAGCCUUAGGCUUGCACAGAGAAUCCAGCUGGAGAAUGUCUGAUCGCAUCACCAGGGAAGUUUGGCGCCGUUUGUGGUGGGCACUCCAUACUGCCGAUGUUUUUGGUGCUAUCAGUUAUGGUACCCCGUGCAACAUCCAGGACGAAGAAUGCGAAGUUUCACUGCCCGAGGUUCUCGAAGAUGUCGCCGCCACUUGCCCAGGCUUCCAAUCAAUAGAGACCUUUGAUGGCCAAUCUCACGGCCCGGUUACCAUUCUUUCAUAUCAGCGCUACAAAUUUCGACUUUAUAGUCUCGCAAGCUCCAUCGCUAGAAACAUCUAUCUCCGGAGCAACACCACUUUGAAAGAUACGGUUAGGGAGAUCAAGGCCAUCAACCAACGCCUGGUGGAUUGGGAGAAGUGUGUUCCUCCUGAAUUGCAGUUGAAAUGUCUCAAGGUUGUUCCGACCAAUGAUAAGGACAGAGUCACCUUUGACCAAUUCCGCCUGCAGGCCCUAGUCUUGCAAUUGUCAUACGAUAACAUCCAACUGGUGCUGCAUCGACCGCUCUUGACAAUGAACCGUAUUUCAAGAUGGCCAACGUACCCUGCUGAUGUUAGCCACACGCUCGAAUCCGAUCCCCUCACCAUCUCCAAAGACGAGCUUAACAGCAUGAUCAAGGCGAGCAAGUAUCGCUGCUGGGUCUCAUCCUUGCGCACUUCUGGGAUUGGUGACUAUGGCGACAUCCUUGUCCUUUCUCGAAACACUUUUGGAGCUGCAUACGCAGGAAUUCAAGCCUUCACUUCUGGCGUGGUUUUGGGCAUUUUUGCCCUAUCCGAUCCCCUAUCGGGCCAAGCCCAUCAGGCCAAGAGGGCUGUGAGCAAAAUUAUCAGACUUCCAGCACUGCACAAGUACCGUACCACCGUAUCAGACCAGUGUGGAAAGAUUUUGGAGGAAUUACUUCGUCUCAUCAUGGCGGAAGAAAUGCAGGCCCUUCUUGCCGCAAACGACCAGGAUGAUCAAGGUGCGGUAUACGGCGUUGCGAGUAACAAUCCCCAGCCUGCCAACGACUUGGGUUCGACCUUGACCGAAGCCCGUGAAGAUAGAUCCGGACUGGACAUGCCGGUUCCCGAAUUCUCUGCCGAUCCUUCCUUGGCUUUGGACAUGAACUCGUUCCCACAGCCCUCAGAACUCCCUCUCGAUGGCAACUUUAGCGACGCACUCUUGUCCUUGCAGGAUGUUUUCCGCGACGGGCGAGCUAUAGAGCAAAGUUCUCGCAACCAGACAACGACAAUGGCUUUACCUACGAGCAGUGGUAACCACACCAUUCCCUUUUCCACGACCGAGAUGAUGCACCCUCCGGUGAACAAUCCAUUUGAUGUUACUGCACAAGCUUGGAUGUGGGAUGAUAUGCUGUUAUUACAGGAUCCGACCUGAAAUCCGUAACAGUGUGUUACACGGUUCUGCCAUUACUCGAUGUACAUGAUCGCAUUGUCCAAAGUGUGGUCGAGUCCAACCUAUCAGAUGGUUCUCCUAGUUUGACGAGACCUACGCAGACAAAUCCUCCCCUCCUCCAUAUUGAGGAUCCCAGCAAAUCAUCUGUUCGAAGAGGUCCGACUCUUUGUUCAUAUUUCUAUUCCCAUCUUCAACAUCGUCGCACAAACUUGACGGUGUCUUUUGCGCUAGAAAUUCCCUGCUAUCAUACCAGCUCCAUGGAUCGCUCUCCUUCGACGGCUCUAAGGUCACACCCAUGUUCGCAAAUGCCGUCAUAUCAAUAGUUUGUGGUUGUGGCGGAUUGGUUCUCGGCAUCAUCACUUGGCGAGUCGGUUUGACGCUGGUUCGAAAUGACGUCUCUCUCAGUACCUUCGCGGCCACAUUGACCAUUGCGAUGGUUGUGUCUGCCAUUGGGUAAAUCUCUCCAAGAUUGAGAAGCAUCCGCCAGCAAAGAUAAAACCUUUGAGAGCUUGAUUCUCGAACGGAGUCUGUGCCAGACAUGCUGUGGAGCAAGUGUGUCACUAUGGCUGAGUCCAGGGAUGCAAUCGCCGUGUCUGGCACCUUACACAGCAGAUCUCUAGAGCAUAGGUUGGCAAGGCUAGACGUGAUGGUUUUUGCUGCCUUGAAAAGUGCUUUUGUAGUUUCCAUCCGCAGUCUUGUCUGCACUUGUUUUGCCGCAGGUCCCGAAUGGAUUGGUCGGUAAAGUGUCAUCAGUGCUGUCGCAUGAUAUGCAGUCACCAGACUUCUGUGGACUGUUAUCAGUGCAGAUUCAUCCCUGGAACGAGCACUGCUUGUUCCUUGUAUUGACAAGGGCAGCUGCCGAUACCAUGCCUGCAGGUCCAAACCGCAUUCAUCGAAGUCAGUCCAUGUCCCACCGACACAUUUCGGUACCAAUGUCAUCAUGCUUGUCUGUCGGCCGUUUUGCAUCUUAUUUCGUUUUUGCACAAUAUACUGUGUCGAGAGAAUCUUGGCCAAGUGGCCAGAGAGCUGUGCGAGCGAAAUGCAGAGGGUAGACGUCAUAUCAAGAUCGGCAAUGCUUGUAUCAUCAACAUCCAAGCGAUCGGCCAUAGCAGUGAAGAUAGAGUCAUUGUCGAAAUCGCCUAAAUCGAGCACAGCCAUGCUCGACAAGGCUUUGACUUGUGCAGGUCGCCUAAGAGCAACGGCAAGGAGGCGGUCUCGAAUCAGCAAAGACCACCAGGUUCUCUUUAAAAGUCUUUUUCUGUCCGACUCUGUUGGACAUGAUUCGACCUCGAGAUCAAAUCGGAUGCUCUCGGCAUGUAACGAUGCGACUCCAAUCCAAUGGUAGCUGUCUCGAACUUGGUCCAUGCUGCCAUCCCAGAAACUCAUCAGGAUCGCGGAAUGAAGCAAAGAGACUCGGUCAGAUUCGACAUCAAAGUCGUACAAGAGCCUACAGCGCUCAUACAGCGCUUGGCGCGUUUCCUUCCGGUCACCAAGACCCAAAUCCAGGUCUGUGUAAGCCGAUGCUGCGAGAAGCAUUGACUGUAAUAAAAGCAGGCUGACGGUUUCGGUUGAUCUCCAUCCGAAGAUUGUGUUGACAAUUUCGGCAAAGUCGAGCAUUGGGGUGAAGGGAUGAACCCAUUUGGCAUAACAGCGUAGUAGUUCGUCCCUGGCUGAGUCGGGGGGAAUGGUGAAACAGCCUCGACUUUGUAGAAAGAUGGCAUCGGUUUCCUGGAGUGUUUUUGGUAGCGGUGUAAUGUAGGCGGGAAGAGUGCAAGGUUUUAUGCAGGGUUCGAGUUUGACUGAUUGUGCUGGUGAGGGAUAAGCCGAAAACGGCUCUGUCUUGGGUUCGACAUGAGUGGGAGAUUUAAAAUCCCAAGUCAUGUUUUCCCAUGAAAAUUGGGUGCCUUCGUGGCCAUGACCAGAAGUGCUCUCGAGUAGAAGAUCGUCAAAGCUGAUGUCGGUCAUGGUUUUAUCGUUGAGGUCAGGGGAGGUCACUUUGGAAGUAGUAGAAGAUGGAGUUUCGAGGUCGCCAAAGUCGAUGAUAGCAUCGCAAAUGGGGCUGUGAGGGUUGCCGGUUGUUGCUAAAGAUCCAACAACACGAUCACCGACAUGUCGCCGUUUGCUAACUGGUAAAAUACAAGUCUUGCAAUCAAGC